AUGCAAUCUUCCGGAGAGAUACACCGAGAAAGAGUCCCCAAAGUCUCUCAUUCCCAGUCCAAACCGAGUGACAGUCAGCUCACUUUUAGACAUUCCGAGGGGGCUCGAUAUGUGCCUCAAAACACAAUUUACCCGGACGCGCAGAGCUUGGGUAAUGACCAAUCUACUUCUGCCGAAUUGAAUCGUCCGCGGAUCAAGAAAGAAUUUCCCGAUGAGAACGCCCAGGAGAUCAAGACUUGGGACAAGUUCAGGCCAGUGAAAUUCAAAGAAGAAUCCAAUACCAGACAGCAAUCUGGUAUCCAAAUGGAACCACCAGAGUUCAACAACGGCCAGCGGGUGCAACACUAUAUCGUUAUUGACCUCACAAAUGAGGAAAAUCCAUCAGUCCAAGAACGCUCAAUCCCGCGCAUGGAACUACUGGCUAUCUACCAACAACAGAAGGCCGCAAAAAAGACCACUGAGACAGUUGAACAGCCAGUUGAGAGUUGUGAUGAUUCCUCGCACUCAACCACCCCUAAGACCAAUGAUUUCCUUGAGCCAGGCGAGGAUGAUAUUUCUGGAUUCAAUGAUUACCAGAAAGAGUUUCAAAGCCUACAAUCUCCCUCCAUGGAGCAGCAGGUUGAAUUCGAAAAGCGCAGACAGAAAGAGCUCGAACGAAGGAGAAAAGUCAAGCUUGACAGGCUUUGCAGCCUGAAUGUCCACGCGGAACCUGAAGCACCAGAGAGUGAUAAUACCUCUUCUUCUAGUUUGGAAGAAAAGCCUCAACUUAAGGAGCCUCAAUGGAAAGAGCAAACCAACACAGACUUGAGAAAGCCAAUCACAGUAAAGCUACCGGGUACCCGACUAUCAAAAUCGCGGAUUCAAAGGGCCAAAGAGCUUGGCCUUGCUCAGUUGCUUUCGAAGGAAGGCACUCGAAAGCGUGGUAAGGCCGAUGAAAGCGAGCCCCAAAUUCAAAAGACGUCUGGUCCAAGAGGCAACGAGAAAAAAUAUCGUCGUCCACCCACGGUUUUGACAACUCAAGAGAUCCGCAGUAUCUUUAACAACGACAGUGGCCGCAAAAGAGGAAAGGAUCCGUUACCCCCCAGUUUUGUCUCUACAGAGAAAAACAAGCAAAAAGCCUUCAAAGAGAUGCUUGCUAGUAUUCCAGUUGCGGAAAAGCCUGGAGCACGAGCAGACAUAUUACUCCUGGAUGAAGCAACAAAAACCUUCAAUCCAUCAGCACGGUCGGACGGGCAAGGAAAAUGGAAGAUCAGAGGGCUGAAAACAAGCCUUAUGGUCAACCAGAUAUUGGCUGCUUCUUGGAUGUGCAAACGCGAAACCUCUUUGAGCAAGCCCAAUGGGGGCUUACUCUGUGAUGUGAUGGGCUUUGGUAAGACUCUGUCGGCACUAGCGUGCAUCGUGAACCGAAAGGUUCCAUCUGAGCCAGAAGGUCCCACUCUGAUUGUCGCCCCGAGAAAUUUGAUACCCACCUGGAUGUCGCAGAUUCGACAACAUUGUGUUCAAGGAGCAGCUGGUAGCAUCAUUGCACAUUGCUCUGGUGCACACGUGGAAACCGAUGAGCUCGCCCACCAUCUCAAACAGCACGGUAUUGUGUUGACAACGUACCAGGAAAUCUCUUCCUCAUACCCUAAUCUAAAGCCGCCUCCUGAACUCAGGACGAAUGCCGCUGUGAGAGAAUGGUGGGACCAGGAAUAUGAGAAGAUAGGCGCUUUUCAUCAGAUUAACUGGCACAGAAUUGUUCUCGAUGAGGCACACAUUAUCAGGAACCGGACCACAAGAACCUCGAUUGCAGUUCGUGCUCUAAGUGGGAACUUCAAAUGGGCUUUGACUGGAACGCCUUUGCACAACUCCGUUGAUGAUCUGUAUACUCUAUUCGCGUUCAUUGGUGUGCCCAACAGUCACCCGUACCACAUGUUCAUGCAUAACUUUUGCGAUGGAACGGAAGAUGCGAAAGACCGCUUGAUCAAUAUGCUUCGCGCCGUCAUCCAUCGCAAGACUCACGAAAGCCGCCAUAUGGGGAGACCCCUUAUUGAGCUCAAAAAAUUUGAUCUACGAGAAACAAGAAUUGAUUUUUACCCAGUCGAAAGGCAGAUAUACAGGGCAAUUGUGGAAAGGUUUAUCGAGAAAGUCAAUACCACUGAAUUAAAAACCCAGAGCAAAUGUAUUUUGACAAUGAUCCUAAAGUUGCAGAUGUUCACCAGCCAUCCACUUGCCGCAGAAGAUUACCUAAAGCGAGUAUGCAAUUUCGACAAAAAGCUGGACGCACAGCUGAAGACCUGGGUGAAAAAUAAGACGAGUUCAGGAGAUCCUUCUCCGUCAAGCACUAUCGCAAAGUGUUGUAUUUCCGGAAGAUACCAAACCAAUAUGCCCAUGCCUACUCUGCGACCUCGGACAGAAAGCGAGAAUCUUCGACCGCGGCCACCUGGAAAUUGCACAAAGCUUGUUUCCAAGUUCAGAAAAAAGAACGAAGAGCUAUUUGAGGCAGGCGACUUCUAUGAGAGCGAUCAUCGCACCUGGUUCUGUCCUGGAUGUCAUGGACUUCCAACGAGGGCAAUUAUCACGGACUGUCAACAUCUUUAUUGUGAAGAAUGCUUCGACGCACUCGGUGACGAAGAAGGGAGCACCGAUGGUGUCACUCGACAAUGCCGUGCCUGCAGAAUUACGAUCAAAAAGGCUGCAUUCUACGGGCUCUACGAUGACUUCGACACACCUCCACCGGAGGAUGCCGAGACUGCUAGACCGAUGGGCCCGCAAAAGCGGCCAGCCACACCAGAGACAAGAACAGAAAAGGAAGCUCGAACGAAGAAGCGCCGAAAGGGUGAGGAUCCUGUUCCUACUUUUUCAGAAUGGCUGUUGGCCGACGAAAGCCUAGGUGUAUUCGAAGAUGAAAGCGAACGUGGGAGCCAAGACGAAGAGCGAGACAUAUCCCCCGAUGAGGAUGAUGUUCCCUGUGAGGAAGAAGAGAUUGACGAAAGUCACGAUUGGAUCGCGAUAUUUGGGAAAUCGAUGCCAGGAGCCAAAUUUGAUGCGCUUACGGCUCAAGUCAAAGAGUGGUUCGAAAACGACAACACGGCCAAAAUCGUUAUUUUCACACAGUACAUCAACAGCACUAGGCUUUUAAAGUACCUAUGUGAAGUACAUGGGUGGAAAUACUCUCAAAUGACCGGUCGAAUGGCCAAUAAGUCACGAGAAAUCAGUCUGAGCAACUUCCGGGAUGACGCUGAAACUAGGAUUAUGAUUGCUUCCAUCAAAACAGGGGGUCUAGGUCUUGAUUUCUCCGUAGCCAACAAGUGUAUCUUGAUUGAUCUAUGGUGGAAUGAGGCCGUACAAGACCAGGCAUUCUUCCGUCUCUGGCGUCUUGGCCAACAACGAGAUGUCGAAUGUGUCAUGCUCAUGGUCAAUCACUCUAUUGACGAUUGGAUGGACAGAACCCAGAAGCGGAAAGCUAAGGAGAUCGGCGAAGUUAUGAGCCAGAAUGUUCUCAUGGACCGGAAUACACUCAAAGAGUUGCUGGAGAUGUUUGGUGAAGUCACUGAGGACCCCAAGAAGGGCUUCAGAGUUCACUUGUCCUCCGAAAAUGCGUCCACGACUACGUAA